UCAGGACGCCGGAACGGGGGCGAGGCGCGGCCGUUGGAGGCGUGGCUUCCAGAUCGCGUCCUCUUCCCUCUUCACCCCGUUCCUAUUGCGCGCGCGCACACGUCCCCCCCUCCCUCUCCCGAUGCAGCGGACGGAGAAGGUGCUCCAGCUUCGGGGCCUACAGGGCCGCUCCGUGCGGGUGGUGCGCGAGCAUUACCUGCGCCCCGACGUGCCUUGCGGCAGCGCCCUCUGCCGGGCGGCUUGUCCCCGCGAUGGGAAACUACUGUCUGAUGAUCUGACCCAUUAUGUUGUACCUGACUGGAAGGUAGUCCAAGAUUACCUGGAGAUACUGGAGUUCCCAGAGCUAAGGGGCAUUGUUUUCAUGCAAACAGCGUGUCAAGCAAUGCAUCAAAGGGGCCGCAGGCAGUACAAUAAAUUGCGAAACUUAGUAAAGGAUGCCCGUCAUGACUGCAUUAUGUUUUUUAACGAAUUCCAGCUGCUUUGUUACUUGCCAAGAGAGAGAGGAGAAUCUAUGGAGAAGUGGCAGACAAGGAGUAUUUACAAUGCAUCUGUUUGGUACUAUAAUCACUUCUCGGGUCAGAUGCCAAUCGUCAUGGUAACAGACGACGAAGAUUCUAUCCAGCAACUUGGAAGUGAAACGGAAGGUGUCUUUGUGAUUUCUUUUAAGAAUUACCUGGACUACUUUUGGCCUGAUUUAACAGCUGCUCAUGAGCUUUUCGAUUCUAUACUCCACACACAGCGUGAACGAGAAAAUGAAAGCCAAGAGAAUAACGGGAAGGAGUAUGCUGAACACAUCCCUAUGGAAACCUUGGAAGCAGGGAUCAAAUCAGGGAGAUACAUACAGGGGGUCCUGAAUGUGAAUAAGCAUCGAGCGCAGGUGGAAGCAUUUGUGCGACUUCAAGGCCUUGGCAACAAAGAAAAAGAUCUCAAGAACGAUGUCCUCAUUUACGGCACCAAAGCUCGGAACAGGGCAAUCCAUGGUGAUGUGGUAGCAGUUCAAUUACUACCCCAGAGUGAGUGGAAGGGACGGACUGCUGCCCUCUGUGAGAAUGAGACUGAAGACAGGACCUCUGGGGAGGCUGGCAGUGAACUUAUUAUGCCCACAGGUAAAGUUGUUGGCAUCAUACAGAAGAACUGGCGGGAUUAUGUGGUCACUUUUCCAUCCAAAGAAGAGAACCAGUCACAUGGCAAAAAUACGCAGAAAGUCCUUGUAACACCUUGGGAUUACAGGAUUCCCAAGAUCAGAAUUAGUACACAGCAAGCUGAGGCUCUGCAGGAUUUCCGGGUUAUCGUACGCAUUGAUUCUUGGGAAUCAACAUCGUUGUAUCCAAAUGGACAUUUUGUGCGGGUUUUAGGACAUAUUGGAGAUCUUGAAGGAGAAAUUCAAACUAUCCUGGUGGAAAAUAGCGUUUCUGUUAAUCCUUUCUCCGAAGCACAGAUGUGCGAGAUGCCAGUUGUUAGCCCUGAGAAGCCAUGGAAAGUGACUCCAGAAGAAGAGCUAAAACGUGUUGAUUUGAGGGAUACACACUUAGUAUUCAGCAUUGAUCCCAAAGGCUGUGAAGAUGUGGACGAUGCGCUGUCCAUCAGAACACUACCCAACGGAAACCUGGAACUGGGUGUUCACAUUGCAGAUGUAACUCAUUUUGUGGCUGCCAAUUCUUACACUGAUAUUGAGGCAAGAGCAAGGGCCACCACUUACUACUUAGCUGAUCGCCGUUAUGACAUGCUGCCUGCUGUCUUGAGUGCCAAUUUAUGUUCUCUUCUUGGGAAUGUUGACAGGUAUGCUGUGAGUGUCAUCUGGGAGCUUGACAAAACUUCCUAUGAAAUAAAGGAUGUUUGGUACCACAGAACCAUUAUUCGCUCUUCCUACAAACUCUUUUAUGAGGCAGCACAGGCUUUGCUAGAUGGAGACGUGACUGUGGCAGAUGAAAUUCCAGAGCUCAGAGGAAUGGAUGAAAAUACAAGGAAACAGAAGUUAGAUGAGCUGAUCUGGGCAAUAGGAAAGCUGACUGAUGUAGCCUGGCAUGUUCGAGCAAAGCGGGACAGCUGUGGAGCACUGGAAUUGGAAGGGGUUGAAGUCAGAGUGCAACUGGAUGACAAAAAGAACAUUGAUGACCUCAUCCCUCGGCAACCACUGGAAGUGCACGAGACAAUAGCUGAAUGCAUGAUCCUUGCAAAUCAUUGGGUGGCUAAGAAGAUAUGGGAGAGUUUCCCUCACCAAGCUCUCCUGCGCCAACACCCGCCCCCACGACAGGAGUUUUUUUCUGAGCUCCGAGAAUGUUGCAGCGCAAAAGGCUUCUUCAUAGAUACACGGUCUAACAAGGCAUUAGCUGACUCCCUGGAAAGAGCCGUUGACCCUUCCGAUCCUCUUGUGAAUAAGGUGUUGAGAUCUAUGGCCAUUCAAGCAAUGUCUAAUGCCUUGUACUUUUCAACUGGAUCUUACCCCGAAGAAGAGUUCUCUCACUACGGUCUUGCUCUGGAUAAGUAUACCCACUUUACUUCACCCAUUAGAAGAUAUGCUGAUAUAAUUGUCCACAGGUUGCUGUUGGCUGCCUCUUCAAAAAGAGAUAAAUCACGCACCAAGGAGAACUUAUUUGGCAACAAAGAACUUGAGGAACUAUGUAGACACAUGAAUAACAGAAACAGGGCUGCCCAGCAUGUCCAGAAACUGUCCACAGAACUUUUCCAGUGUAUGUACUUCAAAGACAAGAGCCCAGACAGAGAUGAACAGUGCACAGCAGAUGGGAUUAUCUAUUCAAUCAGAACAAACGGUGUGCUUGUCUUUGUGCCAAGGUAUGGAAUUAAAGGGGCAGCCUAUCUGAAAAAUAAGGAAGGGUUGGUGCUGUCUUGCCAAGCUGAUGGGAGCUGCCAAUGGAAGCCUGGUUGCCUCCAACGUUUUCCCAGCAGAAUUACCUCCACUCCUACCAUUGGGAAUUCUGUUACUCUGAACUUGUUUGACCAUGUGACAGUAAACAUCUCUGUACAGAGUUCUCGUUGCCAUGCCGAUAUGAUCCAGGUUCAGAUAAGCUGCAAGGCCUACAAGACAUCAGAGAUGGAUCUUUCUCAAAGCUCUCACGUAUCUAGAACAGACUUGGUACGGGAAGUAACAAAGACAGUGGAGGAAGCUCAGCUGGCUCAUGACAAGGCCCAAACAAGAGUGAUAGAGGAAGAAUAUGAGGAGUAUCGCCAGACACAGGGUGUGAGCCUCUAUGAUUUGUUGGAGGAAAUUAAGGAUUUGGCUUUAUUAGAUGUAUCUGCAGAUAGUGGAGCAUGAAAUCUCCAUUAUUCUCUUGACUGCUUUGAAGGUGUCCUAAAAAGUAAUAUUUCUAGAUGUGAUACAUGAUUUUAGUUGGCUCUGCUAUUGAUAUAACAAUGGUAUAAUACAACAUAUCUAUGAAAGGGGGCAACUGUACUUUAGCGCACCUGUAACACUGGAUGGUAAUGAAAUAGCACUGUGCCUUCUGUGAACUGAGUACAGACAAUUGUAAAUAUCUCAAAAGUAUCUCAGGGAAUAAAUAUUAAUUUGAUAUGACAA